AUGAGAUCCGGGCUGACAGAAGAUAACCCCGAAAACAGAAAUCAAAACAAACACAGAUACCGAACCCCACUCCAGAAGCUCCUCAAUCUCCUACCUCCUCCCACCGCAGCGCCCACUAGGACCAAAGUCACCCGGUGUACGCCUGGCAAAGAGGGCGCCGGAGGGGGGGGGGCAGUACGUUAUGAUCCACGUGGACGAGGUAAGCCUGAAUCACAGCCGGAGAAGGCCAAGGCGCGGAUUGAGACAUUUGUGGUAGGGGCCGGUAUUGAGGGUGGGAAGAGAGAGUGUAGUUGGAUUUUGAAGGGGGUAAGCAUAAAUGUCUUUCUGUUGCUGCCGAAUAAGUCUGCUGUGGGGGGGGGGAGAGAGAGACUUCCUCAGGCUUGUUGA